UCUGGCUCAAUUAUACGUACCCAAAAAUCCUACUAAACCCUCCUCUAUCUCCACAGCCAGAAGCCGAAGAAGCGAACCGAAACGACAACAAUGGUGUCUCAAUACGGCAUCAAGUAUGCCGUUCACAUCAUCACCAAUCACUUCGGUCCUCUCGUCGCCAAAGUAUGCGACUGCCUUCUCAAGAAAGGACCGUUACCGCUCCGUGAAAUAGUCCGUUACACUGAGCUAUCUGAGACUCUCGUCAGAAACUGCUUGCUCGUCUUGAUCCAGCAUAACUGCCUUCAACCUUUCCUCCUUGAAGAAGAAGGUGGAUUUGGAGAAGUAAAUAAAGUGAGUUCGCUGUACAUGGUGCUAUUCGAUAAUGUAUUGCAUCGCGUUAGGUUUUCCAAGUUUAUGGCUAUUGUUUCGCAGGAAUUCGAUAAGCUGUGUGUAGAUUUGAUUGAAACAUUGCUUCAACACGGGAGGCUUUCGUCAGAGCAAAUUUUUGAUGGAUUUAGGGACAGUACAGAAGGCAAUAGUAGUGGAGGUAUGGAGGCUUUACAAGAAAAUAUGCAUAAGCUUGUGAUGGCACGAUAUGUUGAAAGGUGUCCUAUCUCAGAACCAUUUCUUGCAUUACCGAGUGAAGAAGAAGCUGCUCCUGUGAGGAGGCGAGGUGCUAAAUCAGCCAAGGCAUUUUUAGAGCCAGAAACCCUAGAACAACGUGUUCUUGUAGCAGCAGUGCCUCCAGAAGGAAUGAGAUUUUCAUUUGAAUUAAAUCCUGAGAUAGGUGCCGACAGAGAUAAAGUUGAGAAUAACUCCUCUAGCAAUAUUGGAGAUAAGCGCAAGCUUGAUGCUUUGGAGUCCGAUAUUGAUGGUGGGGUUGCGGACAAACAAGUAGCUCUUUGGCGUGUCAAUUUUGAGGAAUUUAUUCGCCGGCUUAGGCAUAAGAUUUGUAUUGAGACUGUGAGAACACGGCUGGAUGAUGAAGCUGCCACUGUCUUCACUGCAAUGCUGGAUGCAUCAAGGAGUGAGGAAAAGAAAAUAAAAACAGCAAGCUCAGUUCCUUUAUCAGAAAAUUCCAUUUAUGCAGAGGUGAUUAAGAGCGAAAAGGGCCGUAAUAUGACCUUAGAUUAUGUUAUAUCUGUCCUUGUCGGGUUGAGUUCUUCUCCACCAUUUGUAAGGGUGGUUGACAAUUCAUACAGUAUAGAUUUCAAACAUACCAUCGAAGUAGCUCAAACUGACGAGGUGGAGUCAAUUGUGUAUAAAAAAUAUGGCAAGGAUGCUUAUAGAAUGUUCAGGUUACUUUCAAAGGCUGGUUGCUUACUUGAGACUGAUAAGGUGUACUAUGGUCAUGUAUUGAGGAGAAGCAGAUCUCUCUGUAAAUUUGAGGAAAUGGGUUAUCUAGCUCUACAGAAGGUUUAGUGAGUGCUCUUCCUACAUUGCUCAAUGCUUAGGUUUCAGUCACACCCCACACUCUUGUUGGGGCUGGGUUGACAACCUUAGCACUUUAGGACCUGCAAACAUAGGGGUCUGGAAAGCCAUUCUGCAGCAAUUGGCUCCUGGAGCUACACGAAAACCAUCCCAUUUGUGUUCUGCUGUCAGCAUGGCCAAGCACACUCUCUUCAUCUUUCAAUCUCAACUGUAGAGUGUUGAGGCCCAUGUCUCCGCAUAGCAUUAUUUGUUUUUAGGAUUUGCACAAAGGUUAAUGUAGGUUAAUAGGCUAUUUUCUUUUGGUUCUUCUAGAGCUGCUUUUAGAGAUCACAUUCUAAUUAAGAAUAUCAGCAUGCUGUUAGUAGAAAACUUAAACUAAAUGAGCCGUAUUUCUUUUCCUCUUAUUUGUAUAUAACCAUAUAUUUGAAAUGAGGUUAAAUGUCUCUGUAGGCUGAAGUUUGCAAUACUAUAGUACAAAAAUCUUGCAACAGGAAUAUUUUGAGCUUCACUUUU